UCUUGCUAGCUGACGUGACGUUUAUUGAUUGUUUUGACAACAAAGAACUUCUUGCGUGAUUGUAUUAUUGGAAAAAUGGGGAAAAUAUUUCUUGACCACAUUGGUGGCACUCGCUUAUUCUCAUGUGCAUCUUGCGACGUGAAUUUGACGAAUCGAUCGGAAUUGAUUAGCACACGGUUUACUGGAGCCACAGGUCGAGCAUUUUUAUUCCACAAAGUAGUGAACCUAGUGUACUCCGAGGUGCAGGACCGUGUCAUGUUGACAGGGCGUCACAUGGUGCGCGACGUAUCUUGUAAGAACUGUGGCACUAAACUUGGCUGGGUAUAUGAAUUUGCUACUGAGGAGAACCAGAGAUAUAAGGAGGGGCGUGUAAUUCUUGAAAGGGCUCUUGUGACUGAGAGUGAUGGCAUUGAAGAAAUCCAAGUUAACAACGAUGACUAGUUUCACUUAACUCCUUAAUUUAAUUUAUGACUUUAAAUACCAAAUCUAACAGUUUAUUGUAGAAGUGUUUGCAAGAAAACUGUAUUUUUAUUUAUAAAUUAUUACUCAAGAUAGAAAGUAAAUCUUAAAUCAUAUUUUUUUAUCUCUCACGCUUUCUUCUCUUGUUUUAAUUAAGACUAAUAAAAGCUAACCAAAAUAUAA